AUGGCGAUUUCAUCUGCAAAUCUAAUCCCCAGAACUGCAAUUCAGCUACAGAGGCAAGUCCUUCUGAUCCCCUGCACUGUCACGCAGUACAGGAGCUUUGUUUUAGGUUCCAAGCUUCGAAAUCAAAAUGAAAACGCAAUUAACAACUUAAGCAAUGAUGUGAUAUUGGAUGGUGGUAGAGUUGUUGAGUCAAAUGUACCAAGGAUUGGAAUUUCGGAUAGUGCGCAGACAUCUUGCAGUAGCAGGGGCUUUGUUGCUGACACGGAGUUUCAAUACCAAAAAGAAAGAGAAAAGCCAGUUACUGGAUUGGAUACCAGUAAAGUUGUUCAAUCAAAUCUAGAGGGAAUGGAACAUUUUAAAGGUGCACAGACUUCUUGCAGUAGCACGAGCUUUGUUGUGGACAUGGAGUUUCAAAGUCAAAUCGAAAAGCCAACUAACAGUUUGAAAGCUGAUGUUGGAUUGGAUACAAUUACAGUUGCUGGAUCAAAUGAGGACAGACGUGAACUUUCCAAACGUGCUCAGACCUCAUGCAGUGGCAGAAGCUUUGUUGUUGGUGCAGAGUUUCUGAAUGAGAAUGAAAAGCCAAUUGAUAACUUAGACUGUGAUGUUGGUUCAGCUUCAAAUAGAGCUGUUCGAUCAAAUAUACAAAGAAGUGAACUUUCCAAGAGUUUGCAGACAUCAUGCAGCAGCAGGAGCUUUGUGGGGGACACUGAGUUUCAAGAUCAAAAUGAAAACCCAAUUAACAGCAUAAAAAAUAAUAUUGGAUUUGGUACAAGUAGAGUUGUUCAAUCAAAUGAACAGAGACGUGAUCUUUCCAAAAGUGCACAGACUUCAAGCUGUGGCCAGAUUUGUAUUGUAGAUAACAAGUUUCAAAGCCAAUAUGCAAAAAGAAUUGAUUAUCAUGCUGGAUUGGGGAUUGGAGAAGAACUUGAUGAUCAUAUGCAGUACGACAGCUACGAGGUCAUGGAGGAACUCGAAGGUUUUUCGGAAGAGGAGAGCAAUCAAGACCAUAGGAUUCAAGGAUCUCGAAUAAAGAAAGAUGUUGAGAAGUUGGCCAUUGAAUUACUUGCUACGAGGUGGUAAAGCUUCACAGGUUUAUUGAUUUUCUGCUAAGUAUGGGCAACCUUA